AUGCGCGUCCUUAUCAGCGGAGCGGGCAUCGCCGGGCCCACGCUGGCCUGGUACCUGGCGAAGGCCGGCGCGCGCAUCACCAUCGUCGAGAAAAGCCACGCUCUCCUUCCCCAUGGGCAGAACAUCGAUAUCAACGGCAGUGCACUUACAGUAAUCAAGAAGAUGGGGCUCAUAGAUCAGAUCCGACGAUUCAAUACAACGGAAAAGGGUACCCAAUUCAUUGACCCAAAAGGCCGGCCAUUUGCGCCCUUUCCCGUCAAGUCCGGAUCUUCUGCAAGCCCCACGUCGGAAUUUGAAAUACUGCGUGGCGAUCUAGCAGCUGUACUACAUGAGGCUACUAAAAACCAUCCCAACAUUGACUACAUGUUCGGCACUACCAUCAGCAGAGUUAUUUCGAACGACAAUGCCGCCGUCAAAGUCGAACUAAGCAAUGGAGAAGUGCAAGACUACGCUCUUUUGGCCGCAGCGGAUGGCCAGUGGUCCAAGGUGCGAAAAGAGUGCUUCCCUCCUGAGUCCGUCAAUGUCAUCGACAAAGGCAUGUACGCCGUCUACUGGACCAUUUCCCGCUUACCCGGUGACAAUGACUGGUGGAAUAUCUACCAGGCUCUCGGGUCAAGGAUCCUUAGCCUGAGGCCUGAUCCACAUGGAACCAUGAGGGCGUGUAUCACUCGGAUGCCAUGCAGCGACGCUCAGAAGAAGGCAUGGCAGGAGGCAACGAGGAGUGACAGGAAGACUCAGGAAGAGCUCGUGAGAAUGGACUUCGCAGAUGCUGGAUGGCAGGCGCAACGGCUUCUGGACUCCAUGAGCCAAGCACCUGACUUCUACUUUCAGGCGAUCCAACAAAUCAAGCUGUCCAAAUGGUCAAACAAUCGGGCCGUCAGCAUCGGAGACGCCGCCUACGCUCCAACGCCGCUGACAGGCGCAGGCGCUUCAUUGGCCAUCACCGGGGCUUACGUUCUCGCAGGUGAACUGAGCAAGCUCAACGAUGGUCAGCAUCCGUCAAGUGCGCUCAGCGCCUACGAAAGCACUUUUCGCCCAUUCGUCGAGGAGACUCAGAACAUUCCCUUCUUCGUUCCCGCCAUCGCGCACCCCGAAACGACAUGGAAGAGGUGGCUACUCCAAGCUUUUGUGGGGGCACUCUCGAAAGCCGUGGCAACACCCUGGUUGGUGAACAAAUUCGACCGUGACAACAAUGAAGAGGAUUUCCCUUUGCCAGAUUACGAAACCUUCAACUCUAAGAGCACCAUUUCAUGA